GCUCUCUCUCUCUCUCUCUCUCUCUCUCUCUCUCUCUCUCUCGGCUCGCCACGAACGCACUUCGCUCCUUGUAUCUACGUGCUCCGCCGCUACCUCGAGUUCCUGCAAUGGCCGCCGUCAUUCGCCGUAGUUGAGUGAAGAUUCAUUAAAUCACAUGUUAUUUGGAUGCAAUGGGACCAUUCAGAAACGACAUGCCUCUGUGCCCUGCAAGUCGGCAUUGCGCGCAAUGGGCUAGGAAGCACAUGCAGUAUUGCCUCUGCAGCGCGAAGGAUGGAAUAUCUCUGUCCUUGGGUGUGGUUAGUGUGAUCAGCUGGAGUGUCGCUGAGAUACCUCAAAUCGUCACCAAUUACAAGCAGAAAUCCGCAGAGGGUCUUUCCAUUGCUUUCCUGAUAACAUGGGUACUCGGGGAUUUUUUCAACCUUUUUGGCUGCAUGCUAGAACCUGCCACGCUUCCUACACAAUACUACAUGGCAGUGUUGUAUACUGUGACUACAGUGGUACUCACUGGACAGACGGUAUACUAUGGUCACAUCUACCCUUGGUUGAAGUACAGGCGGUCAUUCUGCAAGGGUCCCAAGCCUAAUCAGAUUGAGUCCACGGGGGAUGAUAGACAAAGCAUUCGCAAAGUCGGUGUGAAAGAAGCCAACAGCUCUGAGAGAUCGCAAAAUGGGUCUGACACCAUUGAUAGACAAAGUGUUUUGAGCUCACCAAUUCCUCUUCCAGCACUUCCAACAAAUGCUUCCCCUGGGAAAGGAUUAUAUUACGUAUCAGCAAGAUCUUUGUCAAGUAGCCAUACUCCAAUAGCAGGAUCUUAUUUUCCGCUAAGGAUGAGUCCCAACAAUGCUGACAAUCGAGGUACAAUUGAAGAGCCAUUGCUUGCUGGAGAUUUGUCAGAACAAUCUGCACCAUCACCAAAGACCAAAAACAUGCUCUGCCUGGUCUCUGCAGUUACAUUUUUUGGCACUUUCAAUCUCCCCAAGCCAGUAAAAGACAGAGUAAGUUCUGUCUCCAAGAAACACAGUGGACGUGUCAUGCAAGUUGGAAGAAAGCUUUUGCAGGUUAAUGAUGGAAAUGGUUUUGCUGGCAAUAGUGGAGUUGGAAGUUUCCUUGGUUGGGCAAUGGCAGCUAUUUACAUGGGUGGAAGGCUUCCUCAGAUUUGCUUAAAUAUCAGGAGGGGAAAUGUUGAGGGACUUAAUCCAUUGAUGUUCCUUUUUGCUUUGAUUGGAAAUAUUACCUAUGUAGCGAGUAUACUAGUCAGCAGCUUAGACUGGUCUAAAAUCAGGCCAAAUUUACCAUGGCUGGUGGAUGCAACCGGUUGUGUCCUUCUGGACAUUCUCAUACUUAUUCAGUUCUUCUACUUCACCUACUGGAGGAAACAAGAUGGCAAAAUUACCCGUGGAGACAGUGGUGCAGUGUUGAGAUAGAUGAUGACAGUGCUUUACAUGGAAUUUAUGAGAUCCAUAAGCCGGUUUCAUGUGCUCUACUGGAGCUGAUGGUGAAUAAAAUUCAGAUUUUGAUCAUGGGAAAGUAGAACUGACUCUGUUGGCAUGGAACAUAAAGUUUCAAGGUGUGGAUAUUUGUUUCUUUUUGGAAAAGAAUUGCUUUUCUUCGGUCCCUCAAGCAUUUGUCCUCUCAAUCUGGGACUUUGGUUUUCUUAUAUAACUAAAUCACGGUUCUGUCCCAGUGCUUCACUCUGCUUAUUCUUUAGCCCUCUGAUGGUAUAUGCUGGUGAAACGUAAAAAUCAUAAACAUGAUCCUGCGUUGUCAAGGGG